AUGAAUAUAUCCUCCACUCCCCUCUGCGCUCCCACCGCAGACGCUGCGUUCGGCCCUGUCGUCGACGCCGCCUGUCGCGAUGGCUUCGACUUCACCCUCGUCUUUGAGCAGUCCAUCCUUGUGCUCCUCCCGGCUGCGAUGCUCGUUCUCGUGGCGCCGCUGCGACUCCGUCAGCUGCGUAAGUUGCCAAUCAAGGUGGCCGACCAUGCAUCGCGUAUGAUGAAGCUGUCUGUCACGGGCUGCCUUGCUGCUCUCCAGCUGGUCCUCAUCGGACUCUGGGCAACUCACCAUGGACCUGCGCGUCUCAAUAGCGUGUCUGUUGCUGCGGCAAGCAUCUGUUUCAUCUCCAGCCUCGUGUCCUGUGCCCUCUCGUAUUAUGAACAUGCCAGAUCCCUCCACCCGUCCUCGCUCUUGAAUCUCUUUUUGCUCGUAUCCCUGCUGCUUGACGCUGCCGUCCUGCGCACCGUGUGGCUCUCCCUCUCCGCGACAUCCAUCCAGGCCGUUCUUACAGUGUCUUUUGCUCUGAAGGCGACGCUGCUGGUGCUCGAGGCAAGAGAAAAGGCGAACCACGUUGUUGGCCGGCCGACGCUCGCCCCGGAAGAGACCUCUGGUUUGUAUAGCCGGGCCGUGUUCGCGUGGGUGGCUCCACUCCUCCGGACUGGAUUCCGGCGUCUGCUGCGGCCGGCGGACUUGUUCCCGCUGGACGAGGAGAUGAGCAUCUCGAGCUUGAGUGAGAGAUUUUGGUGGCACUGGCGAAAAGCAUCUCCCUCCACUCAGGCGAGCCAGCAUCGCCUCAUUCUUUGCUGUAUCGUCACGCUGCGCUCUGCUCUCUUUUCUGUCAUUGUCCCACGGCUUGCCCUUCUCGCAUUCACCAUCUGCCAGCCCCUGGUCUUGACCCGCUUUCUCGGCUUUCUCAAUGACGAGACGCAGCCAGUGAACAUUGGCUACGGACUCGUUGGGGCCUAUGGACUGGUGUAUAUCGGCAUUGCAGCCACGCAGGCCCUGUACUGGCAUCAGAAUGGCCGCUGCGUCACGAUGCUCCGCGGGAUCCUCGUCUCGGCGGUGUUCUCCAAGGUUACGGAAGUGAGCGUCGUUGCGAUUGACGAUUCUGCUGCGCUGACUCUCAUGUCUUCUGAUGUCGAUGUCAUUGGUCGUGCUAUGAGAGAGAUUCACGAAUUUUGGGCCAAUAUCAUCCAAAUUGCCGUCGCAACCUGGCUUCUGAGUCAACAGAUUGGAUAUGCAGCCGCAGGCCCCAUAGUGGUAUCUGUUAUUUCGUUGGUAGCGACUAUGCUCGUUUCGCCGCUUGCCAAGAAGUACCGAGUUGGUUGGCUUGAGAAGACUCAAAAGCGAGUUGGAAUCACUUCUGCCAUGAUUGGCCACAUCAAGAGCAUCAAGAUGUCUGGUCUCUCUCAGCAUCUAUCCGACACCAUUGCCGCUCUUCGUGUACAAGAAAUCACCGCGUCCAAGCCCUUCAGAGUCGUUGGAGCGGUGACAUCUUCAGUUGCGCAAGUGCCACUGCUCUUAUCCCCAGUCCUUGCGUUCGCCAUGUUCCAGGGCAUUACAGCAGCGACAGGUCAGGUGCUCGACGCGACAAGAAUGUUUGCUGCGUUGUCACUUAUUACGCUACUGGCACAGCCUCUGUUUUGGAUUUUUGAGGUGAUACUUGAUCUGAGUGCUGCCUUUGGUGCAUUUGAUCGUAUCCAAAAGUUCCUGAUCAAGUCUACUCGAGAUGAAUAUCGGAUGAUGGAAGUGGCCAAUACUACUGAUUCAACUGCAGUGGUUGGCGAGGAAUCUGGCCUGAUGGAGCUUCAGACUCUAAGGCCUCUCACUCCUCAUAUGUCUUUGUCAAGUACUCCGAGCAACUUUGCGACUGUUAUUGACGUUGAGAAUGCUACAUUUAACUGGUCGCCAGAUCGACCUGUUCUGAGCAACGUUUCCUUCUCCCUCAGUCGCAGUCAACUUGCUCUUUUAAUCGGCCCUGUUGCAUCUGGCAAGACAACAUUACUCAAAGGAAUCCUGGGAGAAGUACCUCAUUCAAAUGGAAAAGUUUCCUUGGCCAGUAGCUCUCUUUCAUGGUGCGAACAAACUCCUUGGAUCAUGAAUCAAACUAUCCGAGAUAAUAUCAUAGGAUACUCCCACUUUGACCAAGACCUAUAUGACCAAACCGUCAAAGCGUGCGAGCUUGAAGAAGACUUUACGCAGCUCCCUCAAGGCGAUUUCACCGUUGUGGGUAGCAAGGGACUUGCUCUCAGUGGCGGCCAAAAGCAACGCGUGGCGUUGGCUAGAGCCGUAUAUUCUCGACCUCAAAUCGCUCUAUUUGACGACAUCUUUAGCGGAUUGGACAACGCCACCUCACAGCGCAUCUUCAAGAAUUUGUUCUCUUCAAAUACAGGGCUGCUGAGAAGAUCGAAUACAGCCAUUAUUCUAGCUACGCAAUCCGUCGACUUCCUCGCUUCAGCAGACUAUAUUAUCGCUCUUGGGCGGGAGGGCAAAAUUACCGAGCAAGGAUCUUUCGAAAGGCUCUCAGUCGCGGACGGAUAUGUCCGGGCUUUGAUGGCGAGCAAGUCUAUUGUUGCUAGCACUGAUGCCAGCCAAGACGAGAAAAUCUCUGAAAUUGCAGAUCAAGCCUCAGUGCCAAAAGUCGAAUACAAAGCGAAGCAGGUAGAAGUCAAGCACGAUAAACGUAGACAGACUGGAGAUUCGACGGUCUACAAGUACUAUUUUGGCAGUAUAGGGACAGUAUUCAUCGUCACCUUAUUUGUUCUUGAGCUGAUCUGGGCUUUCUUACAGAGCUUUCCAACUGUUUGGCUAGAAUUUUGGUCAGAUUCGAAUGCUCAAGGGCAUAAUCGAUCGGGCCUAUACCUAGGAGUCUACGCUGCUUUGCAAGUAAUCGGCGUCUUCUGGUUCGUUCUCGUUGCUGUCGCAGCAAAGUCUGGGAUAUCUCUUCACCACAGUCUCCUCUCAGCAGUCAUUAGUGCACCGCUAUCACUUUUUACGACGACCGACUUGGGAGCAAUUACCACCAGAUUCUCUCAAGAUAUUGGCAUCCUGGACAAUAACCUCCCACUCGCACUCGUGGUGACAAUAGCAAGUUUCUUCGGGGUCCUUGCCAGAGCAGGUCUUCUCGCGGCCUCAUCCUACUAUGUAGCCAUCAGCUUCCCCUUUCUCGCCGCGUUAUACUACUUCCUCCAGCGUGGCUACCUCCGCACAUCACGACAGCUUCGUCUCCUCGAUCUCGAAGAAAAGGCUCCAGUCUAUACGCAGUUCAUGGAAACGCUCUCCGGGAUUUCCACCAUCCGGGCGUUUGGAUGGCAAAAGCAAGCCAUCUUGAAGAACCAUCAAUUGGUCGAUCGAUCUCAGCGACCUUUCUAUCUACUCAUCAUGGUCCAGCGAUGGCUUGUUCUUGUCCUUGACCUCACUACUACAGCGCUGGCUCUCCUCGUCGUUGGUUUCGCCGUCAAGCUCCGUGGUUCUGUCUCAGUAGGGCUCGCCGGUGUUUCGCUGGUUCAGCUCAUAUCCAUGAGCGAAACGCUCAACAUGCUCAUCCAGUUCUGGACUUCCAUCGAGACUUCCAUCGGGGCUGUUGCUCGUAUCAAGCAAUUUGCAGAAGAGACUCCAAACGAGAGUCUUCCAGGGGAGGAUCAAGAGCCGACUGCCGACUGGCCUAACAGAGGGCAUGUUGUCAUACGUGACCUUGAAGCAUCGUACGGCGAGAAUGGUGAUAUCAAGGCUCUCGAUGGCGUUACCCUGGAUUUGAAGCCAGGCGAAAAAGUUGGAGUGUGUGGGCGUACAGGAAGUGGCAAGUCAUCUCUCCUUCUCACCAUUCUCCGCCUACUCGAGCCAUCUUCUGGCGCUCUCACCAUUGACUCCAUCCCCUUGAGCAUCAUCUCCCGGGAAAUUAUCCGCUCUCGUCUUAUUACCGUGACCCAAGACCAAUUUGUUCUUCCCGGGACGAUACGCCAAAAUAUCGAUCCGUCGUCCUCAUAUCCUGAAAGCGCUAUUAUUGAAGCUCUUCAAGUAGUCAACCUAUGGACUGUGAUCGACGCACGCGGUGGCCUUGAUAUAACAUUUGAAGAGGAUAUACUUAGUCAUGGGCAGAAGCAGCUGUUCUUCCUCGCAAGAGCUGUGUUGAAAAAAGAUUGCGGCAAGGUUGUGCUCUUAGACGAGGCCAGUAGCAGCUUAGACAAAGAAACGGAGCAAAUGGUCCGCACCACCAUCAAUACGCAUUUCAAAAACCAUACCGUCAUCUCCAUCGCCCAUCAUCUAGAGACAAUCCUCGAUUUCGAUCGCGUCGUGGUCAUGGAUAAGGGCCGUGUUGUUGAGAUUGGAUCACCACGAGAGCUGUUGCAGUCCCCUGGCGGCGGCAAGUUUAAAGCUCUGUGGGAGGCAAAUAACCGUGGAGCUGUCGAUGAAGUAUAA